CUAAAUCAAAACAAUUGAUUUGAGACCAACUUCCGUGGAGGCCCGGCAAGUAGAAAAUUGAUAGGUGAAUUUGAAUUUGGGAUUAUCUGAAAGGAGAGGGAAGCACCAAUCAUCCUCACACGGCGCGAAAAUUGGGAGUGCAGUGAUCUGGGAAGAUUUUAGUUUAACUGAGAGGGUUCUUCUUCAAAGCGGAAAUGGAGAUAUCGAGCCUACCCAUAUCGGCGUCGCUGAGGGGAAAGCUGAUAUCUGCCGGCUACACUUCUCUCUCCUCCCUAUUCUCCGUCUCUUCAUCCGACCUUGCUCGAGAUUUAAACAUUUUAGAGAACGCAGCACUUGGUAUUCUGGAAGUUGCAUCUCAUAGAGCCGGACUGGGAAAAACAACUCGAUGUCAUGAUGUUGUCAGUGGAGCUCAGAAUGCCUGGGAUAUGCUGCACCAAGAAGAAUUAUGUGGGCGAAUCACAACGUGUUGCGCAGACUUAGAUCAGAUAUUGGGUGGGGGGAUAAGCUGUCAAGAAGUUACAGAAAUUGGUGGAGUACCAGGAAUUGGUAAAACACAACUAGGGAUACAACUUGCAGUGAAUGUCCAAAUACCAGUUGAUUAUGGCGGCCUUCAAGGAAAGGCAAUAUAUAUAGACACAGAAGGAAGCUUUAUGGUGGAGCGUGUUUUGCAGAUUGCAGAAGCUUGUGUUGAGGAUAUGCAAGAGUAUAGCGGCCUCUUACACAAGGACAGACAAGCCCCUCAAAUUAAAAUGCAGUCAAAAGAUUUCCUUGAUAAUAUAUUCUGUUUUCGUGUUUGUAGCUACACAGAGCAAAUUGCUGUCAUAAAUUACCUGGACAAGUUUGUCUCAGAACAUAAAGAUGUUAAGUUGGUGGUUAUUGAUAGCAUAACUUUUCACUUUCGUCAAGAUUUUGUUGAUAUGGCUCUUCGAACUCGGUUGCUUAGUGGGUUGGCCUUAAAGCUGAUGAAGCUUGCAAAAAAGUGGAGCUUGGCAGUUGUUCUAUUGAAUCAAGUGACGACCAAGUGUUCUGAAGGUUCAUAUCGAUUAACUCUCGCCCUUGGUGAUAGCUGGUCACAUGCUUGUACAAAUCGUAUCAUUCUCUACUGGAACGGAAGUGAAAGAAAUGCAUAUAUUGACAAGUCGCCCACGGUUCGAUCAGCACGUGCUGCAUAUGCUGUGACUGGAAGAGGCAUCCGGAACUCGGCAUCGAGCUGUAAACGAGUUAAAAUGAUGUAAGAGUACUCAGUUUACAUUAUUGCUUGACUAGGGCACAUAAUUUCGGAGAAACAAUGAGUGAAUGUCAAUAUGUACUUGUGCUUGGUUCGUACUUCUAAGAUUACACAUUGUCGUCAGCUAUGUUUGGAUGCCAGAAAAGCCAUGGGAUGCAAAGAAACUGCUACAUGUUUUUCUUUUUCAAAUUUAAUUCUUGAGAAACGUAGUUUUUGUAGAAGUAAAAGCGCCCAAGAAAUCUUGCUUUGCUUAUGAAAACUAUCCUACAAUGUUGUCAUUUUUACAAAAA